AUGCGCUCCGGCGAGGCCUUGGCCGCGGACACCGCCGGCCUCGGCGUCCGGGCACCUGUCUGCCCCCGGCCCCCGGGCCGCCCGCCCCUGCUGUGGGGGCGCCAGUCUCCAUCCGGGCCCCCGGGCCCCUGCGUGACCGUCACAGGCUCUGAGUCUCGAGGCCUCCCAGGGGGAGCCGCCCAGGCCGGGCGUGGGCAGGGGCCCUCGAGCAUUCCGGAGACGCAGCUCUGGGGGCCGCUCCAGCUGACCGGCGGGCCUCCGGGACCACCGCCCCCGGGAGGGUCGGCCUCGGAGGCCCCUGGGCCCGGCCCGCGCCUGCCCCGCCGGCGUCUUCUCCACUCACUGUUUACCUUCUCUCCAUGGUCCAACUGUGAUGGGCACCGGAGCCCGGCCUGCCGCGCCCUCCGCCCUGCACCGCGCCUCCCGGUGCUCCGACCCGACGGUGCUACACGUGACGGGUGCUUCUCGGGCACGGCCAGCGCGCGCCCGCCGCCGCCUACGCGCGUCGUCCCAGGGCCACGCCCACGCCGGCCGGCCGGCCGGGCCGCGCACUCGGACUGCCUGCCCGCCUCUGGGCUCCCCACGGUGGCGCGGGACGGCCAGGCUGGUGCCUGGCGGCCCACCGUGCCUCUGGUGCUGCCGUCCACCCUGGGCGUGCCUUCGCCCCAGUGCCUGCUGGAAGCGCCCCCCUCGCCCCCCGACGACCGCCCGCCGGCCCGCGGCCAUUCCAACGCUCCGUGGUCUCCCCUCCCCCGUCUCCACCGCAGGACGGCGCUGGGGGCGAGUGGUGCCCCGGGGUCCCAGGCCACCGACAGGCACGCCCUGUGGCUUCCUCCGCAGCAAAGUCGGGACGAGCAGCGUCUUGCUCUGGUCAAAAAGGAAGACAAAGACAUCCCCCCCUUGAAGUCGUGGUGGGGGCCAGCCGCCCGGAAGUGUCUGUCCCCGAGGGCGGGGCUGUCCCCUCUGGUGCCCGGCUUCCCUGCGCCUCCCACGGGGGCCCGGGACCUGGCGUGGGCGGCCGGCACCAUCCCCCCAGGGAGAGGCUGUGCCAGCGGCCGGAGUGUCGCCCUGCGGCUAGGUCACAGGUGCUCAGGCCCCGGGCGCCACCUCAGCCUCAGCCGCAUCAGGGAUGGACACAGCAAGGUGGGGGGGGCAGAGCCCCUUCUGGUGGUGCAGGGCUGCAGCCCUGGGGGCAGGAACUGGACCCUCCCCCCCUUCCUGAGCAGUGGCUUUGCUGAGCCCCACGGGAGAGAAGACCAGAGCAGCAGCCCAGGAGCGGAGCAGCUGGGCCGAGGCUGCAGCCCCGGGGCCUGGGGUCCCACACAGCAGCCCUUCCUGGGCUGGCUCUCGGCCUCCGUCCCCGGGGUCGUACUGGGGCGGCAGCGGCUCCCAGGGAGGCCACGGCCAGGCCCGCAGCGUGUGGACUGCUUCUGA